UCCAUUGCUACCAACUAAACUUACUUAAUUUGCUUCAGAAUUGAGGGAAGAAAUUGAAGCUAGAAAAUAUAUAAGCAAGUUUUAAACCUACAGAUCCUUCUGACUUUAGAUGUAGUUAUUAUAUUGUCAGGGAAAAAUAAAUGCAGAUAUUGGACCAUGUCAGAAAUCCUGUCAACAGCCUGGAUUGUUUCUCACAGAGUGGAGAUGUGGCUUCUGAUUCUGGUGGCGUAUCUGCUUCAAGGAAAUGUGAACUCAGGACAUUUGCCAACUAAAGCUGUGGACCCCGAAGCAUUCAUGAAUAUUAGUGAAAUCAUUCAACAUAAAGGCUAUCCCUGUGAGGAGUAUGAAGUUACAACUGAAGAUGGGUAUAUCCUUUCUGUUAACAGAAUUCCUCAAGGCCUAGCACAACCUAAGAGGAAAGGUUCCAGGCCAGUGGUGUUACUGCAGCAUGGUCUGCUUGGCGAUGCCAGCAACUGGAUUUCCAACCUGCCUAACAACAGCCUGGGCUUCAUCCUGGCAGAUGCUGGUUUCGAUGUGUGGAUGGGGAACAGCAGGGGAAACACCUGGUCUCGGAAACACAAGACCCUCUCUAUUGAUCAAGAUGAGUUCUGGGCUUUUAGUUAUGAUGAGAUGGCUAGGUUUGACCUUCCUGCAGUGAUAAACUUUAUUUUGCAGAAAACGGGCCAGGAAAAGAUCUACUAUGUCGGCUAUUCACAGGGCACAACCAUGGGUUUUAUUGCAUUUUCCACAAUGCCAGAGCUGGCUCAAAAAAUCAAAAUGUAUUUUGCUUUGGCCCCUAUAGCCACUGUUAAAUAUGCAAAAAGCCCUGGGACCAAAUUUUUGUUGUUGCCAGAUAUGAUGAUCAAGGGGUUGUUUGGAAAGCAAGAAUUUCUGUACCAGACCAGAUUUUUCAGACAGUUUGUUAUUUACCUUUGUGGCCAGAUGAUUCUUGAUCAGAUUUGCAGCAAUAUCAUCUUACUUAUGGGAGGCUUUAACACGAACAACAUGAACAUGAGCCGAGCAAAUGUGUAUGUUGCCCAUUCUCCUGCUGGAACAUCUGUGCAGAAUAUUCUGCACUGGAGCCAGGCAGUGAAUUCUGGGGAACUCCGAGCAUUUGAUUGGGGAAGUGAGACCAAGAAUCUGGAGAAAGGCAAUCAUCCAACUCCUUUAAGGUACAAUGUUCGAGAUAUGACAGUGCCAACAGCGAUGUGGUCAGGAGGUCAGGAUUGGCUUUCAAAUCCAGAAGAUGUGAAAACAUUGCUCUCUGAGGUGACCAACCUCAUCUAUCACAAGAAUAUUCCUGAGUGGGCUCAUGUGGACUUCAUCUGGGGGCUGGAUGCCCCUCACCGGAUGUACAAUGAAAUCAUACACCUGAUGAAGCAGGAGGAGGCCAACCUUCCCCAGGAAACCUGCAAGGUCUCACUGUAAAACUUCUGAUACUGACAAGACUUAGGAACAAAGUUAUAGAAGAUAGAGCUAGGACCAGGAAUAGAGUGGAGGGUUUUAAAGAUUUCCAGAAGGGAAAACAUACCAUAUCUAUCAAAGAUCAAAGGGUGAGCAGAGAUACAGUUAUAUUUUCCUUCAGAUUUCCACAUUUGGCACUAGAACUCAGAUUUACUUUUUUUUCAGUUAGUUACAGUAAUAAUAAAUAUAGAUUUCCUGGGCUAUUAUGUCUUCAACCAUUUUGAAGGUUACUUUUCACCUGACAGCCAGAAAGUACCUAGACAUUUACUACAUCACUCGGAUAAACCCUCUUCAAACAUUUAUUUUUUCUAAAGCCAUGAUUUGGAAGAGUAAAGUAAAAUGACAAGUUGUAUCAGACAUUGAGGUCAUAAAUCUCUGGAUUGUUGAUCUUGACAAAAUGAGCUGGACAUUUCCUCCUGGUAAAGUCGGGAUACUACCUCAGGAAGGCCAAUGUGCUUUAACAACAAUAAAAAAAGUCAAUAUGUGGAACAGAUGAAUAUAUGUUAAACAUCCUCAGAAUAGGGCCAAGUUUUAUAGUUGGAUCACAGAGAAGAUAAUUUUGUAGGAUAUUUAUGAGUUUUCCAAUACAUAAGUUAUGCAUUGCACAUAGCAUGUUUAUGUUAUGUCAGUACCUAAGCUCUAGUCCAAGCUUGUUUGACAGUUUAUAGCCUGUAGCUAGGAGACAUACUGGCCCAAUUUUCUACCUCCAAAAACUAAAAUCUUGGGAGAAAACUUUAUGAUGUCGGAGCAUAAUGAAAUAAAUUACCAUAUGUUUUAUCCUUUGAUUGUAACAGUCACUUAGACAAUCCUCCCUACUCAUUCAUAAAUCUAGAUUCAUUUCUUUAGAAAACUGUUCAAUUUUCACAGUUUCAAAACUGACAGUUGUAAAUUAUAUAAGUACUUUUCUCUUUUUUGUGUGUGGUACCAGGGAUUGAGCUCAGGACCUUGCGCUUGCAAGGCAAGCACGGUGCCACUGAGCUAAAUCCCUGGCCCCCACUAUUUUUGCAAAAUCGACUUUAAAAUCAAGUGAAAGGUAUACUAUGUAUGUCAGAGGUAUACUACUAAAAGUAUAAUGGUGCGUAUUGAAGUAUACUGUUGAAGUACACUUGUGUGUGAAGUUUACUUUUUUUUUGGCCCUAGACACAACAGGAACUUUGCUAAUGAAUCUUAAAUAAUUUAGAGACAUUUAAAGACUUCAGAACCUAUGUCUACAUAGUACUAUUUCCCUCAGGAUAUUACAUAGUUCAAUAAACAUUUCUAAAUUUGAAUUUUUUUAGACCUUUUUUCUGUUCAAGGAUAGAAAAUCUUUCACUCUUCGAAUAUAUCUCUUAUCAUAUAUAGUAUGAUUUAGCUCAUGUCUACAGCUAUGACUGGGUUAGUCUUGAUUCUCAAAAUCCAGUCAAAGUUUUAAAGUAUAUUUCCACUCUGUAGCAUUUGUAAAGGAAGUAAAAUAAAUAUUUUGGUAUUCAUUUCUUAUUUAAUAUAAUUCAGAUUCUGUUUUAUUACAUAAUUAUAUUAUAAUUGUUGUAUUUCUCUCUUUUGUGAAGUACUUUAUCCCAAUAAGUUAUUAUAUUUUACCAAUAAAAUUUAUCAAUAAAUUUUAUCAAUAAAAAUAAACAUAAUUGGGGCUGGAAGUAUGGUUCAGUACUACCGUGGUGCACUUUUAGCAUGUGCAAGGCCCUGAGUUCAAUCCAGAGCACUAUACAAACACAAAAAUUGAAAAAUAAAAUCAACAAAAUUAGCAAAUGUAGUAGCCACGUUGCAUUUAUAAGAAGAUUGUAACUUUUUUCUUUUAAUUUUCAGUGCUGGGGAUCAAAUGCAGGUCCCUGCACAUGCUAAGCAUGUACUCUUCCCCAGCCCCAUAAGGAUACUUUUGAACAUAUAUUUUGAUAGUUACAUGUCCUGUUGAAACCAAGGUAGCUUUUAUUUGUAAAUUAAUGC